AUGCGCCACUUCCAUCUGACCCGCAACUCGUCGUUCCGCCCCGUUGUCAACCUUGACAAGCUCUGGACCCUCGUCCCCGCUGAGCAGCGCAAGGGCUUGACUGCCAGCUCUACCGAGGUCCCCGUCAUUGACACCCUCGCUGCCGGCUACGGCAAGGUUCUCGGCAAGGGCCGUCUCCCUGCCCUUCCCUGCAUCGUCAAGGCCCGUUGGGUCUCGUCGCUCGCCGAGAAGAAGAUCAAGGAGGCCGGUGGUGUUGUCAAGCUCGUCGCCUAA